AUGACGAAAGUGACAGUCUUUGAUGAAAUAGUGUUUAAAGGAAGCGCAAUAAGUGCUACAUCGUAUUUUCGUCUGACGGUUCUAAGUAUGAGUCUGGCUCCACCUAAACAACCUCGUUCGACUUCCAGUGAGCCACCUAAUCAGAGACCACAUAGUUUUGAUAUACCAAUAAAGAUUAUGAGACAUUCGAGCGUUGAACGAAAAAGGGAACAGAGUGUUGGAGUUCGAGAGUCACAGACUCUUCCCAACUUUCCAUUUGCUCACGAAGCCGAACGAUUGAAUCGUGAUCGUGUUCCACAACGGAUCGUACAUGGCAAAGGUGGUGGUGCUUUUGGUACAUUUGAAGCAAAUCACGAUAUUUCGGAUAUUUGUAAAGCCAAAGUGUUUAAGAAAGGCACUAAAACUCGCGUUCUAGUUCGUUUCUCGAUUGGCUGCGAAGGAAAUGCUUUUCCCGAUACAAUUCGCGAAGCUCGUGGCUUCGCUGUUAAAAUGUAUACCGAAGAUGGCAUCACUUCACCAGUGUUCUUAAUUCGAAAUCCAGCGCUGUUUUCGGCAAUGGCUCAAGCGCAGAGACGAAAUCCACAAACACAUAUGAAAGAUCCGAAUACGUUUUGGAAUUUUGUCGGAAACAAUCCUCAAAGUUUACAUCAUAUUCUCAUAACUCAUUCAGAUCGUGGUAUACCCGAUGGUUAUCGAUUCAUGCACGGCUACGGUUCACAUACAUUCAAAAUGCUUAACGACAAAAGUCAAUAUGUUUGGGUGAAAUUCCAUCUUCUAUCCGAUCAAACCAUCAAAAACUUAGAUCCAACAAAACCGAAAGCAGCAGCAUUUGGACAACUUCAUUAUGCUGCAGCUGAUUUAUACAAUGCUAUUGCAACAAAGAACUAUCCAAGUUGGACACUUUACAUUCAAGUAAUGACUGAUGAUCAAGCUAAAAGUGUUCAAUUCGAUCCAUUUGAUAUGACAAAAGUGUUCCCUCAAAAAGAUUUUCCACUUCGUAAAGUUGGCAGAUUAACAUUACAUGAAAAUCCAAUUAAUUAUGUUACUCAAAUCGAACAUGCAGCUUUUAGUCCAACUCAUAUGCCACCCGGUAUUGAGCCAUCACCAGACAAAGUCUUACAGUUUCGUCUAACUGCCUACAGCGAUCCCCAACAACGUCGAAUUGGUACAAAUACUCUAUCUGUUCCUGUCAACAGCCCACAAACAAAUCAUAACUUCCGUGGAAAUCCUCUGCAUCAACAUUUCAUGCAAACAAUUACGCAGCCUGGUGUCUUAGAUGCUACUGUCUUUGGGCAAUACAUGAUGUUAGGUGAAGAUGAUUUUUCUCAACCACGUGAUUUCUACCGAAGAGUGUUGAACAGUCAAGAUCGAGCUAAUUUACUGAAUAAUAUUGCUGAAAGCUUAGGACGGUGUACGGAUCGAAAUGUUGUUCAUCGAAUGCUCGUCCUUCUAUCUCAUCUCGAUCGCGACUUUGGUCAGAAAAUGGCCGAAAAGAUUCGAUUUUGA